AAAUUUGUUGACUUUCUUUGAAUUUCUUUUCUGCUAAGUAAAACCUAAAUUAUGUAUUUUCCUGGAAAAGAGCUUCGAAUUUUCCUGAAGAAAAGAAAGUAAAAACACCAUUCUUAUUUUCCUUUAAAACAAACAGAGAAAGUUUCUCAAUCUCCUUAAAAUAAAAACAAUGGGGCAACAGCAAUCAAAAGGCGAAUUGCUAUAUCAGCAAGUGAAUUACGGCAAUACAGAAGGAAUCAAAGCUCUUUACACAGAAGGCGCUGGCCUUGAGUGGAUAGAUAGAGAAGGUAAAACGCCACUAAUAUUAGCGUGCUUGAACCCAGAGCUAUAUAACGUGGCUAAAACUUUGAUAGAGCUUGGUGCUAAUGUUAAUGCUUAUAGACCUGGUCGUAAUGGAGGAACUCCUUUACAUCAUGCUGCGAAAAGAGGGCUUGCUAAUACUGUUAAAUUACUUCUUUCCCAUGGAGCAAAUGCAUUAGUAAUGAAUGAUGAUUGUCAAACUCCUCUUGAAGUUGCUAGGGCUAAAGGAUACAGUAAUGUUGUCCGUACAAUUGAGGGUUACAUUUGUUUAUUCUCUGGUUUGAUGCGGGAAUUCUAUGGGCCUGGAUUUCUUGAGGUACUAGCUCCUCAGUUUGUUUCAAGAAAAGUAUGGGUUGUUAUUUUACCAACCGGAUCCCGUAAUCCUACAAAGCCUUUCAAGUUGGAGCUUGCCAUGUAUUCUAGUGCACAGGAUGCCCAACCACGUAUAUUGAUUGCAUUGUGGAGAGCUAAUCUGGAGGAACCAAAGUUUCACCAUUCUGACCCUUCAGUGAUAAUUGACGAAAGCUCCACCAUCCCAAGAGGAAGGAGGCGGAGACGAGCGAGGCAUAGGCCUCGAACAGUUAGGCAAACACGCAUUAAACUUGCACCAGGAAAUGAAGGUGACAAGCAGCAGCUUCAGUGGUUCUGUGAUGCAUGCAGAGGAAUUCCACAGGCAAUGCGUCCCCCUGCAUUUUUGCAUAGUUCUGAGUCUUCAGCUGUUCAAGCAACAGCACCUACAUCUACGGAAGAUUUAGAAUUAGCAAUGGCAAUUAAUGCAUCCGUCCAGUCUGCCGCAGCAGAGGCACCUGUUAUUGAUAUUCACUCUAGCGAAGCGAGUUCUUCCACCAGUUCUAGCAGUCAAAGUACUCUGUCUGCACCAUUGGCCCCUCCUCCAAAAGCAGCUAGCAACAUGUGGGCAGCACAUGAUGGUGGCCCUAGUUGCAAUUUAAUUCGGGAAAACCAUAUCCAGAAUAGUAUCUCUAUUGUUCAAACAGCAACUCAAACCCCAACUUUGGUCCCAUCAGCACCACCUAUCAUAGAUGAGAUUGUAGAAGAUGGUCCAAUUCACUAUCCAUCAAUUGAUUCUAGCCUUGUUGAUUUGACUUCUCCACCUGAGGAGAACUUACCAGCUAGCACAGGCAAAAAGAAACAAGAUGGAGAAUCUUCAUCUUGUGUUAUAUGUUUGGAUGCUCCAGUUGAGGGGGCUUGCAUCCCAUGUGGCCAUAUGGCAGGCUGCAUGUCUUGUUUGAAGGAGAUCAAAGCCAAGGAAUGGGGUUGCCCUGUGUGCCGUGCCAAGAUUGACCAGGUUGUUAGGUUGUAUGUUGUUUGAACGUUGCAACAUAAUGAAGAAGCUGUGAAUGGUAAGCCUAGCCACAGUCAAAAGGAUGGAAAAAUUUUGGAUGGCUUUCAGCAGAAGCAUAUGAGUCUACGAGAGGGACUAAAUAAGAGGCUAAUCAUUGGUCACUUCUUGAACAUUUUAUAUACAAGUGCUUGUCGCAUAAAACUGAAGCAGGAUCCAGAUCAUGCUUGGGUACUGCAUAAGUAUAUAAUUUCACAGGCUUUUUGUGUGUAGUUCUUUUAUAAUACCUUUACAUCUUAGGUUUGUAUGUUGCUUGUAUACAUUAUCUUUUCUGUGGAGCUUUAUACAAGGGAUUCAAAGUGUCUUUUGCAAUGUUCAA